AUGAACCCUUCGGUUCCUCCUUCAGCUGCCGAAUACGGUGGAGAUGAGGUUUCAGCCAUCGUCCUGGAUCCCGGGUUUUCAAGCACGCGCGCCGGCUUCGCAGGCGAAGAUACACCAAAAUCUCUCAUUCCAACAUACUAUGGAAAGUACUCUUUUGAGGAUCAAGAUAAAAUUAUCUUUGGUGACGAUGUCUUCGUCACUCCGCGUCCUGGGCUGUCAAUCGGGAAUCCCAUGGGCAGGGAUGGUAUUGUAGAGGAUUGGGACAUGGCAGAAAAACUGUGGGAGUACUCGUUUACGUCGCGUCUUACGGGUGCGAAACCUGGCAAUCCAUUGCAUAACGGUCUAAAUGAUGUGCCCGAUGGUGAACUGCCAACCGAGAUGGAGGGUCUAGAAACCGACGAGAAACCUCUCGCAGACAGCCCUCUGCUAAUGUCCGAAUGCAGCUGGAAUCCCACCAAGGCUCGCGAAAAGACAAUCGAAAUUGCAAUGGAAAAAUGGGGGGCACCGGCUUUCUACCUUGCGAGGAAUGGUGUUCUGGCAGCAUUUGCUGCCGGCAAGGCCUCCGCUCUUGUCAUUGACAUUGGUGCUUCCAAUAUCUCUAUCACUCCAGUUCACGAUGGCAUGGUGCUCAAGCGCGGCGUUCAGCACUCGCCUUUAGGUGGGGAUUAUAUCUCGUCCCAGGUUCGCGCCCUGUUCAAGUCAAAUACACCGCAGCCCAUUACUAUCACGCCUCACUACCUGAUUUCUUCAAAAACAGCGGUGGACGCUGGCCAGCCUCCUCAGGCCAAGUACAAGACAUUCCCACCCGAUAGAACGCCCGACGCCUCCUACCGUAGCCUGCUUGAAGAGCGCACACUUUCCGAGUUUAAAGAGUGCGUCGUGCAAGUGUGGCCUGGCCCCACGAAACUUUCGGCCCCAGGUCCCAAUGGCGUCCCUAACGAGGAAAUGGCGCGGAGCUCGCCAGGCCGGCCGUUCGAGUUCCCUGACGGAUAUAACCAAGUGUUCGGCGUCGAUCGCUACAGGGUUGUUGAGUCGCUAUUCGACGCCAAAGCCGCCAUACCUGAUCCUGACUCUUUAUUCCCGGCACCCACACAAGCUCAGACUGUUUCUGAAUUAGUCAAAGCUGCUUUGAAUGGGGUCGAUGUCGACCUCCGUCCUCAUUUACUGGCGAAUGUUGUUGUUACAGGUGCUUCGAGCUUGCUCUAUGGAUUCACGGACCGCCUUAAUCAGGAGCUCAUGCAACUGUACCCAGGACCCCGCGUCAGGAUCUCUGCGCCAGGAAACACGUCCGAACGCAGAUUCAGUUCCUGGAUCGGUGGAAGCAUCCUGGCUAGUCUGGGCACAUUCCAUCAAAUGUGGAUUUCAAAGAAAGAGUUUGACGAGCACGGUCCGAACAUUGUUGAAAAGCGCUGCAAAUAG